AUGUAUCAAAUUUUAAAGAAUUAAUCCUAUUACAUAAUGAAUCUGAACCAACUCAUAGAUGUAGAAUUUAUAGAGAUAAUGAAUAGAAUAAAAUCUCUAAUAAAUAAAAACCUUGUAUGCAUUAGUGCUAUCAGUUUUGUUGUAAUAAAUCAAAUACCUCUUGAAGUUGAUUUAACGAAUGUAGUCAUGGUUAGAUUUUAAGGAAAUGUAAGCAAUUUUGAAAAUUCUAUACUCAAUUUGAUAAUAUUUAUAAUAAGUAAAAGUAUAAAAUGUGAAUUAAAAUAAAGAUAUAUAUUUUAAAUGAUUUUUAAGAAAAUAGAUCAUCUCUUUAAUCUUUGUAAUAAAAACAUGGAACUUUUAAUGCUCCAAAAAGUUAUAAUUAAGGAUAGGAUACUUCUAGUUGUUAGACUUUUAAAUAAACAAAUUUAAGUUAUUUUUUAAAUAUUAAAUCUUGAUUGGGAGUUUCAGGAAUGGUUAAAUAGGUUCAAUAAUAUCAUAAUAGGAAAAUAAUGA